UAAAAGGAGAAAGUAAAAUCCUACGGCCAUAAUUCUCAUCUUCCUCGCCAAAACUAAGUUGAAGGGUCCAAAAUACUCGUCUGUGACACUACAGACGUCAAUAAGCUUCAAGCUUCGAGCUAAAGGUUCCCUCCUACAAAUUAGGUUGUGGGUUCCUCUGAAUCGUUUCCCCAACUCACCGAUCUCAAUUAGAAUAGAAUGCGCCAUGAACCGACUUAGAGGCUCAGGGAAGCUAUUUUCUCAGUCUCUGCCCCAAUUAAGGACUAAUAUGAGGCAUAGAGCUCUGAGAUCAUGGACUGCUGUUCAGGACACUUUUUUUUCAACCAAGGAUGUGUUUGAAAGUCAUAAGGUGGUGUUCACAGUUGGAACUUCUAUAGCUUCAGUUGCCACAGCAUGGAUUGGAUAUACUGUACGCCACUUACAUGAUACAAGAGUUGAUCGGAGGCUUGAGUCGAUUGAAAAAACUAUAAAAGAAAAUCAUCAUAUUAAAGAAUCAGAAAUAAGAGAAGUUAUUGGUUCUGGAAGUAUCAGUCUUUCUUCAUGCAUCGCCACUGCUGGAACCACUUUGAUCAUCGGCUAUGCUUUGGGUUGGCGAGGUGGAAGGUGGUUUGCAAAUAAGCAGUUCAGAAAGGAGCAGAUGAAGUUGCUAGGGCACGUUAAGCCUAAAAGGUGGCAAUUGCUUAGGCAGCGGAUACAACAACCUAAAGGAUGGCAAUUCCAAUUUCUUAAAAGACCAUUACUCAAACACAAAACACCAGAAAAUGCAGUCAAAACGUGUGAAAAGAUCAAGGACACUCAAACUGCACAUAAUUUGGAGAAUCCUGUUAAUCUUGUUAGCAAACAGAUGUCAUGACAGGUUCUUGGUUUACUGAUAUAGUUUCCUAUUUGUUUGAGGUCGGUUUUUGUUUCCUGUAAAAUUGUAUUUGUCAUAGUGGGAAUAUAAGUUAUAAGAGUCGUCGAUCAAUAGGAAUUGAACUGAACGUUGUCUAUUUAUUCUUGAAUAAAUCUAAUUUUCUUCCUAGA